AUAGAUGACUACUUGAGGAGGCAUCACGUCUUUCUAAUAAAGUCCAGCUUAAAUUGUUUCCUACACCAUUCUUUCCUGUUAUUGAAAUUUAAACCACACCACACAUCAUGAAGCUAUUAACUUCAAACCAUUUGAUUCACUUUUCGUUCAUCUCGAAUAGAAAUUUAGCUUACUACUCCUUCCGAACCGAAGUGAUUAUACGAUCACGACCAAAAAUAUAAUGUAUCAAAUAAAAGAAAACGUUAGUUAAAAGAAAGAACAAGAAAAAGAAGAGAGAUCUAUAUGUAAGUGGUUGUGAACUGUCCCUCAUUUAAAGAUUGGUGGCUAGAUCUUACAACCUAAUAAAUAAUAAUCUGUAAUUGUUUGGCUUUAAACAUUAUGCUAGCUACCCAAAGCAAUGCAUGCAUCCUUAAUAUUGCAACCAACUCCGUCCCCGUUUUCUUUAUUAUUUUUAUCUUUUUUUGAGGUCAAUCUCUAUCUAUAAAUAGGAUCAGAAACUUCAUAGUGAUCACCAAUUCAAAUCAUUUCUCCCUUACAGUUAAUUUCUACGAGAUUUUGAGAGCUUUCCAAAGAGAUUCAAAAAGACAAAAAAAGAAGGGGAAGAAAAUGGGAGUUGUGACAUACACAGAUGAAUUCACAAGCAGCAUUGCAGCUCCAAGAUUAUUCAAGGCAUUGAUCCUUGAAGCUGACACUCUUCUCCCUAAGCUUGCUCCUCAAGCCGUUAAGAAUGUCGAGAUCCUCGAAGGCGAUGGCGGCCCUGGAACCAUCAAGCAGAUGAAUUUUGGAGAAGGAAGCGAAAUAAAGUUUGUGAAGCAAAGGGUGGAUGCAUUGGACAAGGAAAACCUAACCUACAAAUACACACUGAUUGAUGGGGACACAUUGAUGGACAAGAUUGAGAACAUUUCUUAUGAGAUGAAGUUUGAGGCAACCCCAGAAGGAGGUUGCAAAGGCAAAAACACCAGCACUUACAACACAAAACCAGGUGUUGAGAUCACUGAGGAAGAGAUCAAAGGUGGCAAAGAAAAAGCUGCUGGCGUUUUCAAACUUGUUGAAGGUUACCUCUUGGCCAACCCUGAGGCUUAUGCAUAAACAAAGAGAGACUUUAGAAAAAAAAGGAUGCUCGCUCCAUGAUCACUUUGCUUUCUUGGUUGAUUUUUUUUUUUUUUUUUUUUUUUUGAGUUGAAUCGUGACUCUUGAUAUUUUUGAAUUCUGAAUGUCAGAGAGAUCACAAUUCUCCAUCCUUAGCACGCUUGUUUGAAUUUUGUUGGGAUGUAGUUUCCAUCAUGGUCGAUAUGCAUGGGAUGGAUGAUGAAGAAUAAUGAUCUGUACUAUUUUCUUGUAAUGCUAUUUUGAAUGAGAAUUUGUGGUGAAAGUUGAAGGUUAAUUAUCUGCAUUAAUAUUUCCUUCUACGACGUGUCAAAUAGGUGAUUAUUGAUAUUCUUCCUUUCCUUUUUUUUUUUUUUUGGGAUGCUCAAAUAUAAUAAAAGCGCACUUGAUUCCCUAGUAAUUGAAUAAUUUCUUCAAGGAGGUCGUGUAUAUAAUAUGAAAGUUCCUUGCAUGGUAAUUAAUUGCGUAUAGAUGAAAUGAUAAUGAAGAUAAGUAAAUGGUCAGAGAGACUGAAGGAGUAAAAGGAUGAAAAAAAUGAUUUCUUGAGGGAAAAAAAAAAGCGUACCAAAGUGACUUUCGAUUAGUGGUUGUUUUGGCCACACUGAAGAAAAUCAGUCACUUAGCUAUAGCUCAUGUAAUAGUAUAUAUUCGCA